UAAUAUUUUUACCCAUACGCGUAGCAAAAUAAAUAUUUUCUCAUACGAUGAUUAAUGAGAAUUCAGAAGUAAACUAUCCAGCAAAUUCCAGAAAAGUAGAAGACGUAUAUCAGUUUACUCACGCAAAAAUUGAAGCGCGUACCUAACAACAGCGGUCAAGAGCCGACGCCAAAAAUCAACUCUGUGUGCAAGUCAAAGAAAAGAAAAAGGAAGGCUAUGGCGACUCUGGGGCGAGUAUUGCGAACCGUACGGCCAAGUGCCGGAGUUGCCAAAACACUCAAUUCCCACCAUCACCGCUCUCUUCGCCGUCUUCCUCACCGCACUGAGGGACUGCCGGCUACCACUGCUACUGCCGGUACUGAUCAUGGGCCCUACCGCUCCUCCUCCGCAAUAUUUCCAGCUGCUCUUGCUGGUCUGUUUGGAUUCGGCAUGCUUCAAGUUGCUUAUGCUGAGGAGGCUGAUUCUCAUUCUGCUUCACUUUACAAACACCUAGAGGAUAUUGCUAAGCAAGAAAGGCAUCGGAUUGAAGACUCCCUCAAACUCAAAGGACUCAAAACUGGUGCUUACCCCAAGUUUAUUGUUGCUGUCAAAGGCCAAAAGGUCACUAUCAAAUUUCAAAUUCCUCCCGCAUGUGACGUUCCUCAGUUGAUUGCCAACCUGGUUUCAAAUCUUGGAUUGAAAGUGGAUGAUCGUUCCGGUGGUUCUCAUAUGCUGCUACGUGCUUGGGACAGUGCAGUUGCCUGGCAACUAACACUUGGUUCUCCAGAAAAGCUUAAUGAAACCAAUCUGGAUGAAGUGCAGUCCGCAGAUACGAAAACAGCUGAAGCAGAUUUAUGCAUUCUCUUCUUCCGUUCACUCAUUACCACAGAUAAAGCAGAAAUUGAAUUUAUAAAGGGUGGGAGCUUGAGCACCACAGAACGUGAUGCUCUGGUAUCUGUUUUACAAUUAGCUGGUGGGAAAUUGAAAACACCUGGAAGAAAUCCGGGUGAAAAUGCUGCACGGAUGCCCUCUAGAGACAAAACAGUUGCUUCUCUGGAGUCUAUGGGAGUACAAAUAUAUGGACUUAAUGAACCACGCAUAAAUUCUCCCAACACUGAUAUAUCGUGGGAGAACAUUGCUGGAUAUGAUCACCAAAAACGAGAAAUAGAAGAUACAAUCUUGUUGGCACUUCAUAGUCCUGAAGUAUAUGACGAUAUUGCUCGUGGAACUAGGCGAAAGUUUGAGUCGAAUAGACCUCGAGCUGUGCUUUUUGAAGGUCCACCAGGCACGGGGAAAACAUCUUGCGCUCGUGUUAUUGCUACUCAAGCGGGUGUACCAUUGCUACAUGUGCCAUUGGAGGUGGUCAUGUCUAAAUACUAUGGGGAAAGUGAAAAAUUGUUAGGAAAAGUUUUUUCUCUUGCUAAUGAGAUCCCUGAUGGUGCUAUCAUCUUUCUAGACGAGGUUGAUUCUUUCGCUGUUGCUCGUGAUACUGAUAUUCACGAGGCUAGUCGUAGAAUUUUGUCAGUUUUACUGCGACAGAUUGAUGGUUUUGAACAAGACAAAAAAGUGGUUGUGAUUGCUGCAACUAAUAGAAAACAGGAUCUCGAUCCUGCCUUGAUCAGCCGGUUUGAUUCCAUGAUUACCUUUGGUCUACCAGACGAACAGACCCGCCAAGAAAUAAUUGCACAGUAUGCAAAGCAUCUAAAGAAAUCUGACAUGGAGGAAUUUGCCAAAAUCACAGACGAAAUGUCAGGAAGGGAUAUCAGGGACGUGUGUCAACAAGCUGAACGGUCAUGGGCAUCAAAGAUAAUUCGAGGACAAACAGAAAAAGAUGGAGAAGGAGGGAGUCUUCCACCACUAUCGGAAUAUAUUGAGAGUGGUAUGAAUCGGAGAAAGGCUCUGGUUAGCAUUGCAGACCAAAGAAGACAAAGUUUUAAUCAACGCACUGAUAGAGGUCAGCUAGAUUUAUGUUAAGAUUAGGUAACAAAAAAAUGAAAGGAUAAGUAUAUGUUGGUUUCUUUUACUGAACCAGAUCAUCUUGUGGUUUGGUGUUGGAGUUUGUUCAUUAGUUUACUUUUUUCUAACUCCUUUGAUGUUCUUAGUCUUUACACUCAGCCUCCGCUGCUGUGGAGUUUCUGUAAACAUAUCAUCUAACCUUUCAGCUGCUGUAAACAUAGGUUAUAUGCCUUUAGUUCAUUUUGUUUUAUAAAAAAGUAAUGAAAUUAUUCACAGUUUAUUUUUA